AUACAAUAAAGACCAGUCUACAUUUUGAAUGGAUAGAUUUAAUGACAUUUGAGUUGACCUGAGUUAACUUUUCUACCCAUGGGUUCAUUCUUGGCAGUCAGCAGUGUUUGUGUACAGCAGGUUAUGUAAUGAUGGAGUUGCUUAUGCAAUGAUUUACCACGGCACACCCUUUUAUUUAAAUAUCAGGCUGCAAUAAAGUAAUUCACACGCCCUAUAUGCUGUUAAAUAGUGACUUCCUGGAAAGCGACAAGAGCAGACUUUAUAAUUAACUGUAAUAAUCCAAGCAACAGAAGAUUCUUUGCUGAAUUUAGCAAACAAAAUUAACUAGCAGCACCAACAAUGGAGCCAUCAAACAAGUUCCUGUUCAAACACAAACAAAGCUAUUUUCCCUCAGAUUUGGUUACACCAGAAUAUAUUGAUUUACUGGAGGAUUUUGAAAUCAGAGACAGCGAUAUAUUUCAGGUCACUUUUCCAAAAUCAGGAACCAUAUGGACACAGAAUAUUUUAAGCUUAAUUUUUCAUGAAGGUCAUCGAAAUGGAACUGAAGACAUGGACCUAGCAGACAGAGUUCCAUGGCUGGAGUACAAUGUACGCAAAAGAGAUUAUGUUAAUCGCCCAUCACCUCGCCUCUUUGCUACCCAUCUGCCAUAUUAUUUAGCUCCUAAGGGAAUAAAAAAUGGAAGAGGAAAGAUUAUUUAUGUGGCCAGAAACCCAAAAGAUGUCUUGGUCUCCUACUAUCAUUUUUCCAGAGUUUCUGUCCUCCUUGAAGAAGUGGAAGACUUUGAUAUUAUUAUGGAUAGGUUUCUGGCUGGUAAAGUGAUAGGUGAUUUAUGGCUAGAUCAUGUAGAAGGCUGGUCUGCUCAGAGGGACCACUUGAAUAUUCUCUUCCUAAUGUAUGAAGAAAUGAAGAAGGAUCUGAGAGGCUGCGUAAUGAAAAUAUGCAACUUCCUAGGAAAGAGACACACUGAAGAGGAGAUAGAUGAUGUUGUUGAUAAGGCUUCAUUUGACAAAAUGAGUAUGGAUCCUAGAAGUAAUUAUACCGCUACAAAUGAUAACCUCCUAGAUUUAAGCAAAGGAGGCUUUAUGCGCAAAGGAACUAUUGGAGACUGGAAAAACACAAUGACAGUUGCACAGAAUGAAAGAUUUGACACUGUUUUCAAGGAACGGAUGGAUAAGCUGCCCUUCAAGUUCUGCUGGGAUAUCAAGGAUGAAUUAUAAAUAAGGACAACAAAUUUGACUCUUUGCUUUGCACAGUGAAAAUAACAGAUUUGCCCCAAUUUGUUUUUAAAUCACUUUGCAAAUUUUGUUGGGUAAAAUGGGCAUGAUUUUAACAGAUUUCUCAUAAUGCCCAGAUUCUGAAUACCCUUCCAAAAAAUACAUAUUUUUGAAGAGAACAGAAUGGAUAAUUACUUGUAGGGAGGUGUGAGAGAAUUAUAAAUCUUCUGUUUUGUGUCAUGUAUUCCCUCCUUCACAAAAUUUUGUAUUUUCCUUCAGUCUGAAACAACAUUAAGAUCAUUGCAAGGUUUAGAGAACUGCAAAGGAUAAAAAGAUAAUUGUAUUAUGGAUUGUGUAAUGUUAAUAAAAUAUGACUUGUAUCAGAUCCUAUAAAAAUAUGAACUGAAGGAAUUUCGUUCCAAAAUUCAAUCAGCUGCUCUCUGGCUUCGUUUUGUAAUGUUACAUUUCGUUUUGUGAUGUCUUCACACAAGUUGGCUAUGCUGUUUUCUAAUUUUGCAUUCUAAGGACAUGUUACUCUUCCUUUUUUCUUGUCAAAGCAGAGAGAACAAAUCAUUUAAUUGC